GAAUGACAGUCUGACUUCCGUUACCGAUCUGCCAAACUCAGGAUGUUCCUCUUUCUAGUUUGAACCUCAAACAAGUGAGUUGUGUUUUAUUUCUGUGCUGCUCUCGUUUCGUGUCCCAGCGACUUAAAAAAUGCGUUACGUGGCCGCAUACCUUUUGGCUGUCCUCGGCGGAAAUGCUUCCCCCUCGAAUGCGGACAUUGAGAAAAUCCUCAGCUCGGUUGGUAUCGAGGCGGAUUCGACCCGCGUCACCAAGGUGGUGAACGAGCUGAAGGGCAAAUCCGUCGAAGAACUGAUCGCCUCCGGUCGCGAGAAGCUGUCCUCGAUGCCCGCUGGUGGAGCUGCACCGGCUGCUGGUGCUGCUCCGGCCGCUGGCGCCGCAGCUGCUGCCCCAGCUGAGGAAAAGAAGGAGGAAAAGAAGGAAGACUCCGAUUCCGAGGAUGACGACAUGGGCUUCGGUCUUUUUGAAUAAAAGAUUCACCUUUUUUGGUGUGUUCCGAUGGAUGUCAGUCGGAAGAAUGCAGAGUAUUUAUUUCUGUGAAAUAAAUGUGGCAUGAAGGAAAUAAAGAAAAUUUUCAACAUCAAGAA